GUGUGGACCCCCAGCUGUACGUCACCAUCACCAUCUCCAUCAUCAUUGUCCUGGUCGCCACUGGGAUCAUAUUCAAGUUCUGCUGGGACCGUAAUCAGAAACGCCGGCGUCACUCGGGGCAGCAGAGCGGUGGCAGGCAGCAGGAGAGCCAGCAGCCCCUCACGGACCUCUCCCCCACCACUGUCAGCAUCCUGGGGCCCUAUGGCGACUCCCUGGCCCCCACGCCCGAGGCAGAGGAGUCCAGGGAGGGCCAGGAGGGUGUGGAGAAACUGGGGGGCCAUGGGAAGAGCACGGCCUUCCAGCUCAACCGAAUCCCACUGGUGAACCUGUGA